CAAGAGGGAAAGCCUGUUUGCAUUUUUCUAUCGAUGCACUCAACGCUCAUCCAACUUUUUUCUCUCUGCUUACCUCUUUGGACGUUUCGUCAAGUUUGUUCUCUGUAUAUUUCUCUCUCUCUCUCUCUCUCUCUCUCUCAAUCAGGGACGAGUCUCGAGGUUUGCUCAUGGCUUCGAAGCGGAUCUUGAAGGAGCUCAAGGAUCUCCAGAAGGAUCCUCCUACCUCUUGCAGUGCUGGCCCUGUAGCUGAAGACAUGUUUCACUGGCAAGCAACCAUAAUGGGUCCUCCUGAAAGUCCGUAUGCUGGGGGUGUAUUCUUAGUUACUAUUCAUUUUCCUCCUGACUAUCCAUUUAAGCCACCAAAGGUUGCAUUCAGGACAAAGGUUUUUCAUCCAAAUAUCAACAGUAAUGGCAGCAUUUGCCUCGACAUUCUAAAGGAGCAGUGGAGCCCUGCCCUGACAAUAUCUAAGGUGUUGCUCUCAAUAUGUUCCCUGUUGACGGAUCCGAACCCAGAUGACCCCUUGGUGCCAGAAAUUGCUCAUAUGUACAAGGCAGACAGGGCCAAGUAUGAGGCGACUGCUAGGAGCUGGACUCAGAAGUAUGCCAUGGGCUAGUGAUCUGCGGUUGGGAGAUUUAGGAUAUCAAUCAUUAUCAUGUAUAAAUGACGUGAUCUGUGCCUUCACUCUUGAACAAGUGAAGAACAGAUUUAUACAGUUCACCCCAUGAAAACAAGAUAUUGUAGUUUAUUGGUACGGAAGAUAAAUCUUGAAUAGGAAAGAUUUGUAGUUGUUCAA